UUCAUAGUAAGUGAAUGGAACUGCAUUCACACUAGAUAGACCAUGCAUUUUUCACGCACAGGAAGUGUUUGGGGGGAAUGUUAAUGCUGAACAGCUGCAGUGCUUCAUCCUUGAGUGCAACUGGAAAGGCAAAGCUUGGUCAACAAAUCUGUGAACAGAUGCAUGGCCAAUGUCUUACAACACAGGGGAAAUAUUGUGCAAGUGCACAACAUGAGGUAGCAAGGCUAAGGUCUGGUAAAAUAACCCUGCACACAAUUAGACAAAGUGAACACUUUUAUUGACUGGGGUCCCCCAACCCACCAAAAGUGUUUUUGUGUCUUCUGGAAACGUUGAUAGAACAGACAUACCAGAGCCUAUUAGUACUGUCCUGUCGUAGUCAGGGGGAGUGUACCAAUGAACCGAAAAAGGAUCACUUUGGGUUGGGUUGGACUGACAUGUAGCCUACGUUGAAAGUGUCGCUCUUCUUCGUUCAACUUCAACUUCUUCACUUUCUCCGACUUCUCCAACACUUCUCACCCCUUGCUCUUGUGUAUCGUCGUGGGCUUUGGUGAAACACACUACUAGUGUACGAACCAAGGUGAUUUCAGAGCAAGAGGUUCUCAAUGGGAAGUUUCUGUUGAAUCGACGUCGGAAAUAUUGGAUUACGGUAAAUCGUUAUUUUGUGUAUGUUGUUAACUCAGAUCUUCGCCAGGAUUUCAGCGUAAAGCCACAAAAUGUUUAACGCGUCCAGUGGACACCCACCACAAACACUUGUUAUGAAAGAUGUUCCCACGGGAUGUGAAUCAGUUAGGUUCGUUAUUAAUGUUGGAGGCGUGCGACAUGAAACUUACAAGAGCACCCUCAAAUCCCUCCCGGGCACACGCCUUGCCAACCUAGCCUCCGACUCCAGUGGUGACUCUGUUCACGAGUUUUUCUUUGAUCGGAACUCGGGAGCCUUCGCCCACAUCUUAAACUACUACCGCACUGGGAAGCUGCACUGCCCGGCAGAUGUGUGCGGUCCUUUGUUCGAAGAGGAGCUUGUCUUCUGGGGAAUCAGUGAAACCGAAGUGGAGCCUUGUUGCUGGACGAACUUCCGACAGCAUCUGGAUGCGGAGGAGGCGCUGGCUCAGUUCGAGCCGGAUGAAAAGCCCCCAGACUACACGACCCAGGGGGAAGGACAGAGAAGUAUGCAGUCGGGGACAAAAGUUUGGAGGUCAAAGAUUUGGGCCCUCUUCGAUGAUCCCCAUUCAUCUUUGGCGGCCAUGAUCGUCGCCCUGAUUUCCUUGCUCUUCAUCCUGGUGUCCAUCUCUGGUUUCUGUCUGGAGACCGUGUAUCUGGAGCACGUCACCACCGUUGCGAAUGUCACUGUGGAAGACAUUAUCGAAGAGGAGGUAAUUUAUGAAAUAGUGCCUAUAACUGAGUUGGUGACGGUGGAGAUCAUCUGCGUCAUUUGGUUCACCUUUGAGUUCUUGGUUCGCAUCAUCUGCUGCCCGGACAAGCUGAAGUUCAUCUUGAACGUCCUGAACAUCAUUGACUUCGUGGCCAUCCUUCCCUUCUACCUGGGGGUGUGUUUGAAUGGGCUGACCUCUAAGACAGUGUUGUCCUUCCUGGGGUGUCUGCGUGUGGUGCGCGGCAUCCGCAUCCUCCGGAUCUUCAAGAUGAUGCGGCACGUGACGGGCAUCCGGGCACUGGGACACACACUGCGUGCCAGCGCCUACGAGUUCUGCCUCCUAGCUGUCACCCUCUCAGUGGCCAUCUUUGUAUUCUCCGCCCUGAUCUAUUACGUGGAGAGAGAACAUGAAGACACAGCUUUCGGAAACAUUUUUCUGGCUUUCUGGUGGGCGUUGAUUACCAUGACUACCGUGGGGUACGGAGAUUUGUGUCCCAUCACGUCGCUGGGCAAGGUGAUCGCCAGUCUAUGCGCCCUGAUGGGAGUCCUCACCAUUGUCAUGCCCGUACCCAUCCUUGUCAACAACUUUGUCAGGUAUUACGCUCUGGCCGAGGCCAAGCAGAGACGACCCACCAAGAGGAGGAGGUGUGAUGGGCCAGAAACUGAGGGCCACUGCAGAGUGAGCACAAGUAGGCCAUACCGUGAUGGGGAGUGAAGCACGCAACCCAAGCCGACUUAGAUGGUGGUGAAAAGAUCACACGCUCACCUGACUGCAGCUUUCCAACAACUCAACGACUCCCAGUUGAAGAUUAGAAACAAACCCCUCAAAUAAGGAGUUGGUUUUACCCAAUAGGACAUGCUGUUAUUGCUCAGAUGACUCAGGUUGCCAUCAUGAGUUAUUAUUACCCUCAUUAUAAAGAGAUUAUUAACAGUUAACAGAAUAUUAAUCACAGUAUCACUCAAUGUCAAUCUCUAUGUGAUCUUAACCCAAAUGUGUUUUGUUCUUAAAACUGUCAUAUGUGAUGUAAGUAAAGCUUUGGUGUCUGAGCUGUCCUGGAGUUAGCUACUAUCUGUAUGUGUUAGUACUAUUUUUACACUUUUACACUAUUGUAUAUGCUUUAACCUCUAUUAACUGCUAUAACAUCUUUUGUUCAUGAAUUUCAAAAUAAAAACAAAAUAACAUGUCAAAUGACACAAACCAAACUAUGAAUUGACUAUGACGAUUAUAUGCAGUAACUGCACUCACAAAGAACACUGAAGAAGAAUAAAAUUUACUGGAUGACACUGUACUUAAAGACUGGAGCCUAUGUCACCAGAUGUAGGCAGUGGCACUAGUAAGUCAGUAGGAGAUUUGGCCAUGCAUUUUACUAGCAUAAAUGGUACACUGGCAUCUCCGGCAUUGGCAUGACAAGUGUACAGUAUAGUUUUUCUCCACUAGAGGGUGCUAUAAGACAGAGUUACUAAUUUAACCUUAAAUCUACUGUGUGUGGAGGUCUGUGCUGUGCAGCAAUUUAUCACUUUUUAGGGUAUAUUUUAUAGGCAACUAGUUUUGUUAUUAUCUUCAAUUUCAAAUGGCAUAUGGGCACGGUAAAGACAGUUAAACACACCUGUCCUUCUCAUAGCCACACAGGCAAUUAUAUUACCAAAAGACCCUAGCUGGCUAGCAAACUUUUAUCAGUGCAAGUAAUCUGUGUUUUUUCAUGCACCUGAGGUGGUUAACUUGCUAGUUUUAGACCAAAACGUUUUACUGCCGCUUUAAAGGAAAGGCCACAAUCAUAUAGAUAUGUUUAAGGCUAUUUCAUGGAACCGCUAAAGGUGGGGUAUGUAUUUUCAUGUUGCAAAAAAAUACUUAAUUGCAGGAUCGCAGGCCUUUUUUAAAACAAUAAAACAACAUCUCACCUGUAAAAGCAGAGACCCUAAGAACCCAUCGUCAUACAGUUCUAAGCUGAGCUCAGGGGAUUUUAUAUGAUGACAUGGUUCUGCUUAUUAAUAGUCUAGUAUGGUUUUGUUGUUGCUGUUAGUUAUUUCAUUUAUUCUCAGCUAUUUACUGUAUAACAGUUUGUUUGUUGAGACAUGAAAAUGUGAUUGCAGGACUGUUUCUGUUGUAAUGCAUUCAGUUUAAAGGAAACAUAAAUACAAUAUCUGGCAAGUACA